AUGGCCUCCGAAAUCGACCUCUUCAAUGAAUACCCCCUCCACAUGGACCCAAGCUCAAAAGCCAUCUCCCUCCUCCCAUCAUCCUCCCAAACCGCCACCCAAACAGCAGCCAUCGCCGCCGAACUCCAAGAACUAAACGCCCUGCACCGCUCCCUAAUCAGCCUCGACCCACCCAACAUCCCUCCACCCCCUCUCCCCGUGAACCCCAAACGCAGCGCGCAAAUCACCAAGCUGCGCGACUCCGGCAACGCCGCCUACCGCAAGUCCAACUACGCCGAGGCAAUUCGCCUAUACACCUACGCCAUUGAUAUGGCGCUUUCUCGGCCCGGGUGGGAGCCUGUGACGCUGGCGCGUGAGGAGCUGGCCGGUCUGUAUGGGAACCGCGCUCAGGCGCAUGUCGGUAUGCAGGCGUGGCCGGAGGGACUAUGUGAUGCGAAAGCUAGUGUGGACUCGAAGCCCGUGGGGAAUGUUAAGGCUUGGUGGAGGCUUGCGAAGUGUUUGGCGGAGAUGAGUCGUUACGCAGAGGCGAAGACUUUCUUGUUGAAGGGGAUUGAGAUUGAGGGGAGGGUUAGUGAUGGUGGGAAGGAGUUGGUGCAGUUGUUGGAGGAUGUGGAGGCGGCUUUGCAGCGGAUGGGUUAG